AUGAUGGUUCGGGUGGUUUUGGGACUAUUGGAUGAUAAGAUAUAUGCCGUCAAAAGAGUUCAAUUCGGGGAUUUUUGUGAAGAAAAGAAACUAAAAGUUCUCAAAGAAGUAAAAAGUUUAGCAAAAAUGGAUUCAGAAUUUGUGGUCAAAUAUUACAACUCAUGGCUUGAGUCCAAACAUCUCUACAUUCUAAUGGAAUUCUGUUCACAAAGUCUUAAAUCUCUUCUCACAGACAAAGCCAUAGUCUUUGGGAGACAAACGGAAGACCAGAUCAAUAUCUUAGAGUGCGUCCAAUAUCUCCAUGAAUUAAAACCACCGGUCAUUCAUAGGGAUCUCAAACCCGACAAUAUAUUAAUUGAUCCCAACUUUACAUCCAAUCGUUGUGUAAAACUGUGUGACUUUGGUUUAGCCACCGAUCACAACACCGACGGACACACUGCCAGCCGAUACGGCCAUACAUCAGGUGUGGGCACUAUUAAUCUCUGUAUUAUCGGCGAAGAGUUGUUUGGUAUCAAUCUUCAGGCCUCGAAAUCAUUUACUACCAAAAAUUCUGCUUUGAAAACAUCCAUUUUAUGUAUGUAUCGGACACUUCUGGCAAUGAUGUCAACACCCAAUUGGAGACAAAGGCCUGAGUGUCGGGAAGUGUUGGCCAAACAUAACGAGUGGUCUAACGAUAAGACUGUUGUUACGACUCAUAAGGACUUUAAUGUUAUUCUGCUCAAUAAAACAAUAUAA